UUCUCUGUUGGUUCUACGAUUGGGAUUCUCUCUUUUCUAGAUCUACAAAUCUAUUCAAUCUCAAGGAAACCCUUUCUCAUCGAUCUCUCAGGUAACAAUUCUCAUACUCAUUUACAUCUUGUGAAUCAAUUCUUCGAAAAUCACGAGGCCCAACGCCGGAGAGGUUGAAGGAGGUAAAAGGCGAUAUCUAUUGGAUAAUCGGAAAACUGCAAGAUAAGAGUCCGAGAUCUGUCUUUGAUCUACAAAUCUAUUCAAUCUCGGCUCAGACCUUCACAUCUCUUAGAGCAAAGUGGCGAAAAUGUUAAGCCAGAUUUUCGAGUCAUUUUUUUCAAAGGUGGGGGAACAAUUUGCAGAUAAUGCACACAAUAAUGUGAUCGCUAGAAAAGUGAGAUUGUAGCUAUUUUUACAAAUUCAGUAUCAUGAGGACUUAUUCAACAUAUAUUGGAUUUCUACUUUGUUCAUUAAUUACAAAUUCAUUUUUGGACUGGAUAUAUGAUCGCUAGAAAAGUGAGAUUGUAGCUAUUUUUCUCAUCAAAUAAUUGUUUUUUUGGUAUGUGUUUUAUCUGGGAAGAGCAAAGUGGUGCAAAUGUUAAGCCAGAUUUUCGAGCCAAUUUUGACAAAGGUGUGGGAGUCAAUUUUGUCAAAGUUGGUGGAACAAACGGAGGAUAAUGCACACAACAAUCUCAAAAGUAUAAACGAAUUUGAGCUCAAUCUAAAAGCUUUGCAGAAAAACUUGAAAUCACUGGGUGCUAAGGCAUCUGAUAUUGAGGAGGAAAUCAAGAACUCGGAACUUUCUGGUCGAAAGAAAAGGAAACGGGAAGUUGAGGAGUGGUUGGAAGAAGUCAGGUCCAUUGAAAAUCAAGUUGUUGAGUUGGGGACUCAGGUGGAAUCCGAAGGAUUUAUUGUGAGAUUGAUGGAUGGAGGGUUGCCAGCUAAACUAAAUGAUGAGGUUGACGAGCUUAUUGAGCAAAGUCGGUAUUUUGGUAAACUUGUCCUUAAUGUUUGUGGUAGUAGGCCGCUGACAAAUAUGAUGGUUGGUGAAGCUUUUAAUGAAAAUUUGGAAACGAUUUUGGAACUUCUGGACAGUGGGCAAGUCUCGAGCAUUGGUGUUUAUGGUAUGGGUGGUGUGGGCAAAACGACACUGGCAAAGCACAUUCACAAUCGAUUCCUCCAACACUCUCGGGGACGUGUGAUUUGGGUUACAGUAUCUCAAGAAUUUAGUGUUACGACUUUACAAGAUAAAAUAGCACGUUUUAUAGGUGUGGACCUUGUGGGUGAGGAUAAUAAAGACAUAAGGGCGGAAAGACUCCAUACAACUUUGUCUCAGAUGAAGAAUUCAGUGCUGAUAUUUGAUGAUGUCUGGGAAAAUAUUGAUCUAUUAAAGGUUGGAUGUCCCAUUUCUGUCGAGUGUUGUAGGCUGAUUAUAACUACUCGCUCCUUAGAAGUGUGUCGUCAAAUUUGUUGCCAAAAAGUAUUUCAAGUGAAAACUCUACAUCAUCAUGAGGCAUGGGAAUUGUUCCAUGAAACGCUAAGAAAUGAGAUAGAACUUGAUUCUUCGGCAGAAGAAAUUGCCAGAUCUGUGGCAAAAUUGUGUGGUGGUCUGCCCCUAGGAAUUGUUACAUUGGCUGGAAGCAUGAGGGGCGAGAGAGCCAUUCAUACGUGGAGAAAUGCUUAUGCAGAACUAAAAGAACUUGUCUCAGGGAAUGAUGGCAUGGGAGACGGUGAUGUUUAUAAAGUAUUGAGAUAUAGUUUUGAUCGGUUGAGUAGGAAUCAUCAUAUUCAGAAUAAUGAGUUCAAUACAUUGCAACAAUGUUUCCUGCAUUGCGCGUUAUAUCCUGAAGAUGAAGAAAUAAUGAGAGAGCAUUUGGUUAGAGAGUUCAUUUCAGGAGGGUUAGUGGAUGAAAGAAAGACAAGGACAGAGCAAAUUGAGCGAGGACAUUCCAUAUUGGAUAAAUUAGUGAAUGCAUGCUUAUUGGAAAGUUGUGCUGAUCAUGAUGAGUUUGGUCGUCCUACUGAACGGGUGAAGAUGCAUGUUCUUGUAAGAGGUAUGGCAUUGAAGAUAUGUGAGGGGAAAUAUAUGGUAAGAACAGGCGGUGAUUUGAAGAGAAUUCCCAAAGAAGCAGAAUGGGCAAAGGAUCUGGAGAAGGUGUCCUUCAUGAACAAUGGCAUAAGGAGAAUUGAAGAAGGAAUAUCUCCUGAUUGUCCUAAGCUCUCAACAUUGCUUUUACGGGAUAAUGUUUGUUUGGAGUUUAUUCCAGAUUCAUUAUUUUCUAAAAUGCAAGGACUGCGCACUCUUGAUUUGUGCUAUACUAACAUAACAAAGCUGCCAAAGUCAAUCUGUGCCAUUCAGAGCCUCAAGGCAUUGCUCCUUGAGUGGUGUGAUAGGCUAGAAAAUGUGCCAUACUUGGGAGAGAUGACAGAACUCAGGGAGUUAAACCUCUCGCACACAGCCAUCGAGGAAGUCCCUGAAGGAAUUGGGGAAUUAGUCAAUCUCAAAUUCCUCGGAAUGGAUGCUCCCAAAUUAGAGAUGCUUCCAACAGGAUUGUUUCUUAAACUGGGGAAUCUUCAGCAUUUGGAAUUACCAUUCCAUAUAAAAGUAGUAGUUGAAGAAAUUGCGAACCUGAUACAGUUAGAGGAGUUUAGCGGAAGAAUGACCACUGUGAAUGGUUUUAAUUCUUUUAUAAGAAGAUUAAGGAGCAAUUUCCCUCACCCUCCCUAAAUUUAAAUCCUUCAUGAGCUGCCAAGACUGAGGAAGAUGAGGAUACCACUAUCUGGAGUUCCCAACCUUGAACAUAUUCACAUCAGCAAGUGUGAAGAAAUAGAAGAGAUAUUUGCAGAUGAAGGAACAAGUUCCCUCACCCUCCCUAAAUUAAAAGUUCUAUUGUUACAUGAGCUGCCAAGACUGAGGAAGGUGGGAAUACUAUCAGGAGGUCCCAACCUUGAAGGUAUUAAUAUAAGCAAGUGUGAAGAAAUGGAAGAGAUAUUCGGAGACGAAGGAACAAGUUCCCUCACUCUUCCUAAAUUAAUAUCCAUAAUGUUACGUGAACUGCCAAGACUGAGGAAGGUGGGGAUACUACUGUCAGGAGUUCUUAACAUUCUGUGACAAAUUGUGGAGAAAUACAAGAUGUGUUCGAUGAUGAAGGAAGACAUUGCCUCACCCUCACCACUUCUCUUUCAUACUCAUGAUGGUUGUGUUGUGUGUUGUUCAAUCCAUUGGGCUAGGAUCUGCGAUCAGGUGCAUUUAUCUUAACUUAUUGUGUGUGUUGCUAUUGUUACAUUGCACAUUGUUUCUAUUUUCGUAAUUCAAUCUAGUUAUCGAUCUUAUCUUCA